AUGGCAACUUUUGUAAAUGGAUCCCAACAGAUGUUGACUUACAUAAUGGCUGGAUUUGCUCAGGAUCAAGAAAUUGAUCUGUAUGAGGAAAUAAAAUUUGAACCUAAAAUCAUGUGUGAACUUGUUGACAAGAAGUGUACUUUUCGUGAUAAUCAGCUAGAGGAUGGUGAUAUUAUUUGCUUCCAGAAGAACCUUCAAGCUGGCGAGGAACAACAAUAUUGCUAUCCGGAUGUUUAUUCAUUCUUUGAUUAUGUGCAAAACCGUCAAGUUGUUCACUUUAGGUUUUUGGAGAAACCCAAGGAGGAUGAGUUCAGUCUUGAGCUGUCAAAGCUUCACACUUAUGAUGAUGUUGUAAAAAGGGUCUCUCAACACCUUGGUUUGAAUGAUCCUUCUAAAAUCAAACUCACAUCUCAUAAUUGCUACUCCCAGCAACCUAAACCACAACCUAUCAAGUACCGAGGAGUGAAUCAUUUGUCUGACAUGCUGGUUCAAUACAAUCAGGCUACUGAUGUUCUAUACUAUGAAGUAUUGGAUAUUCCUCUGCCUGAAUUGCAAUGCCUAAAAACGCUCAAGAUUGCUUUCCAUCAUGAUGCCAAGGAUGAAGUGAUGAUAAUUAGAUUACCGAAGCAUAGUACUGUGGCAGAUGUAAUUAAUGAUCUAAAAUCAAAGGUAGAUUUAUCACAUCCUGAUGCGGAGCUUAGAUUGCUUGAAGUAUUCAAUCACAAGAUCUAUAAGAUUUUCCAUGUCAAUGAAACUAUUGAGAAUAUUAAUGAUCAUUAUUGGACAUUACGAGCAGAAGAGAUUCCGGAAGACGAGAAAAACUUUGGCCCUCAUGAUCGGAUGAUACAUGUUUAUCAUUUUUUGAAAGACACUGCUCAAAAUCAGAUGCAUGUUCAGAACUUUGGAGAUCCGUUCUUCUUGGUUAUCCGCGAGGGUGAGACAUUGGCUGAAGUCAAAUUGCGGGUACAAAAGAAGUUACAAGUUCCAAAUGAGGAGUUUUUAAAGUGGAAGUUUGCGUUUGUUUCACUUGGUCGUCCUGAGUACCUUCAAGAUUCAGACAUUAUUUCCAGUCGGUUUCAGAGAAGGGACAUAUACGGCGCAUGGGAGCAAUAUCUUGGUCUGGAGCGCACAGACAAUUCACCAAGAAGAUCAUAUACAGCCAAUCAGAAUCGUCAUGCAUUUGAUAAACCAAUAAAAAUCUACAACUAG